GCAUGGUCGCAGUCGGCUCUCUCAGCCCAGGCCUCCGCCAGCAGCGCCCCUCUCGCUCCGCCCUCCACUUCGACACCAGCAGCAGCAUGGCUCCCAGCAACAUGUACGCGUCGGAGGACCGCCAGGUCGCCCACCUGCCCGGCAACGAGAUCGACUCGCUGCGGCGUCAGUUCGACCUGCUGGACACGGACGAGGACGGCAUCAUCUCCUCGGAGCACCUGACCAACGUCCUCCGCAGCAUCGAACUGAACAUCACCGACUCAGAGAUGACAGACGUCAUGACCAAGACCGACAUUGACGGGGACGGACUGAUCACGUUCGAGGAUUUCUUGUGCGCCUUGACCUAUGCCCGAAAGGAGAACAUGGUGAAGACGGCCCACGAGCGUGAAGUCACGCUCAGGCAGACCUUCCAGAUCUUCGACCGUCAGAACUUUGGCACCAUCAGCCCCAAGGACAUCUGGAACGUUCUCAAAAGUCUGGGAAAGAACAUCUCGCUGGAGGAAAUCGAGGAGAUCGUGGAGGAGAUUGACGAGGAUGGCGACAGCCGCAUCUCCUACCCGGAGUUCAAGCAGGUUGUCCUGGCUGGCGGCGCGUAACAACACCGGCCGCUGACAGCGCCGGAACCUGCCCGGACCGGCCCACCCACCGGACCCGAAUGGCAUCGACCGACAACGCUCCCACCGCCGACCUGACCGGCACUUCCCCUCCCCCCCCCCCCUGCUCGAGCACGCCGGCGGCCUGCCCGUUAGAUGGGAUGAGCGGCUCUCGCGCGUCAGGCGCAUCAUCGCUCCUCACUUGAACGGCUCGCUGCUCGGCUCCCGAUACUCUGUCAGCUUUUCGCAUCGUUGUGGUGUUUAGAUUACAUAAGGGCACGUUACGUUCCAGCUGGAACAACGUCGCUUCUCGAAAUAUACCUUAAAAAUUCA